AUGGGGAAUAAAAAAGAGUUAUUGCUGUUAAUGUUUCAAUUCAACUUUUUUUUAGCUUUUAAUAAAAAAAAUAAGUGUUCAACAGAAAAUUUGAGAGGCUUUGUCAUCGAGCGGCUAACUGCUGCUGCUGAAGACAUAUUUGGAGUUUUUCAGAGAACUAUCGUCGAGUACGAGGCAGAGAUCGAUCGACAGCGCAGACUGCUGGAUAUCGUCCUAAAACCUCACAUCGACAUACACAGAAUAGAUGUCCCUCAGCAGCAUGAGUGUAAAGAAGAGGAGGCUGAGGCUGACCAGCAGCUCUGUAACCAGGAGAGGGACUUCAGUCUGGACCAAGAGGAGCCCGAGCCUCCACAGAUAAAGGAGGAACAGGAGGAACUCUGUAGCAGUCACGAGGUAGAGCAGCUCACAGUGAAGCAGGAGACUAAUACAUUCAUGUUGACUCCUACUCAUGAGGACAGUGACUACAGUGAAGCUGAUCAACAAAAUGAACAGAAUGUCCCCUCUGACAACUCCCAUGUUGUUGCAAAUCAAGAUCCCCAUGGAAGCAAGCAUGAUGACUCAGAGUCAAGUGGAUCAGAAUCAACAUCUAAGGAAAGACCUAAGAAGAGAAGAACUGAGAAAACUGAAACAUCAGAGAUUGUAUGCAAUCCUCACCAAAGUCAAAAAAUGUUUAAAUAUGACAUUUGUGGUGAAGAGGUUAACAGCAAGUCAGAAUUACAGACACAUCAGUGUGUCUAUGAUGAUAAGGAGAUACAUUCACGUGUGAUUUAUGGGCAAUUGUUCAGCUACAAGUACGAUUUGACUAAACAUACAAGAUCCCACACAGGUGAGAGGCCGUUUUCAUGCAACACACGUGGACAAAGUUUCUUUCAGCUGGCUUACUUGAAUGCUCAUUAUACAGUCCAUACACAUGAAAGGCCAUUUACAUGUGAAACAUGUGGCAGCACCUCCAGAGAUAAAAGUGACUUAAAAAUUCUCAUGAGAACUCACACAGGUGAAAAGCCGUACUCCUGUGAUACCUGUGGGGCAUCAUUUACCAUGAAAAGUAAUAUGAAUAAGCACAAAAGAAUUCAUACAGGUGAAAAGCCGUACUCCUGUGAAACCUGUGGGGCAAAAUUUACCCAGAAAAGUAAUAUGAUUAAUCACAAAAAAGUUCAUACAGGUGAAAAACCAUUUUCUUGCAAUGAAUGUGACAGGUCUUUUAAAUAUUCAAAUGUCUUAAAAAUUCAUGUGAGAAGAGCUCACACAGGUGAGUGUCCGUACCUUUGUAAGACCUGCGGGAAAACAUUUGUUUCCUCAUCUGAUCGUUCACAGCACAUGAAAUCCCAUGCUGACAAGUAGCCAUGUGUACACACACGUAAAGAUGAUUGAGUUUGAGAAAUAGCUGCAUCUCUGUAUGAAACAUAAAACAGUUUCCUUUGAGAGGAGGUCCACUGUCCCUCAGUUCCUUACAGAUGUCUUAAGAUCUUCUGCUUUGUCAAAGUUAAAAUUUCAGCAGUAUAUAGAAUCAUCUAAAAUGCCCUCAAGAUAACAUUUAUAACAACUUAAAUGCCAAGUUUAUGCCCUGGCUAAAUUACUGACUAUGAUUUGAUCAACAUGCCAAAGUUUUCCCUUCCUGUAAGUAUGUGGGGUUCUAGCAGGUCUGCCUGUAGAUUUCUCUGAAAAGCUCAGAGAAUGGGCCCUCCCAGUUAGGAUUUAUUGAUCGUGUUCAUACAUGUAUGUUUGAUCACUUGCAUUGGGACUAGCGUCCUGGCUAACAGUUACUUCAUCUUGGAGCUGAGAAGUGUGUCAAACUGUUAUUUUCCAUUUUCAUCGAUUUUUUUGCAAUUCUUGCCUAAUUUUUUCCUCCUUUGACCAAUUUUUACCACAUUGUAACCCCUUUUCAUCAAUUUUGCUGCCUAUUUUGCAACUUUUAAAACAUUUUUUCCAUUUUCAACCUAUUUCUGCUUAUUUUUAAAUCCAGUUGUACCACCUUUUCUGCCCAUUUCUGCCACUUCUGACCCAUUUUACCAAUCUCUGCCUCUUGUUGCCCCUGAUGACUAGUUUUUGCCACUUUGUAUCCCUUUUCACCACUUUUAAGCCCAUUUAGCCAAUUCAUUUAAUUGUUUGUUACAUCCAUUUUUGACAUUUUAAACCCAUUUUGCCUCUUCUAACUCCUUUUCACCUUUUUUUUCUGACAGUUUUUGCUUCCCAUUUUUGCCAUGUUACCCCAUUUUUGCUAG